AUGCGUGAGAUCUUCAGCGGCACUUACCAGCGCCCGCCGGCGAACCCCGCCACUGCCGAGCCUAGUUUCGACGAGGACGAACUGGACAUCGCCAUUGACCGGAUGAAGAAGAACAAGGCUGCAGAUAGUAAAGGUCUCGUCGCAGAGCUCCUGCAUCAAAGUCCGCCGCUCUUUCGCAGUACUGUGCUGAGGUUGUGCAACCAGUUGUUUGCGCACGGCAUCGUUCCAGACGAUUGGAGACGUACAGUCUUCAAGAUGCUGGAGAAGAUGGCAAGUGCUAAAACAGUUUCGGAUUUCAGACCUAUUGCAUGUCUGCGGCUGUUCUACAAGUUGUUCUCCUACCUGGUCUUGGGCAGGAUCGAAGAUGCAUUGGAGCAUGCACAACCUGAAGAACAACAUGGGUUCCGGUCCGGUCGUCGCCUCGAGGAGCACGUGGUUACUGCCAACAUUGUCUUUCAGAAAACGCUCGCCGUAGGAAUACCGAUUUGGAUCAUCAGUUUGGACUUGUCGAAAGCUUUUGACAAGGUGGCAUGGGAUCCACUGUGGCAAGCACUCCGUGAUCAUGGGGUGUCCGACCAUAUGGUUUGGCUCAUUCGACAACUCUAUGCGGACCAAGUGGGUGUGAUUGCUGGCGAAAGCACUUACAGUGAUGAGUUCCCUAUUUCUGCUGGCGUCCGCCAAGGGUGCGUACUGAGUGCAAAGUUGUUCACGUCCGCCAUGGAAUGGGCAAUGUCGCGCUGGAAGCAGAAAGUUCGGCAUCUGGGAAUAGAUCUUGGAGAUGGUGGAGAGCAUCUGACCAACCUGCGCUUCACAGACGACUUGCUUCUAUUCGCAUAUUCGGAAAGGGAGGUGUGCUUCUUACUCGACGCGCUCGUGUCGGAGCUGCUGAAGGUCGGGCUUGUCCUUAACGCGAAAAAGACCAAGGCGCUUACCACUACAGCACAAGCCCCCUCCACGAUCCAGACGCCGAAUGGUCUGACAAUCGACGUGAUCAACAGGGUACAUCACGAGAGUUCUGAACUGGUCACCACGCGGUAA